AUGAAAGACCCUGCCGCGUCCAUUGCCACCAGCCUCCAAAUCAUCACGAUGAUGCCCCCGAACAAAGACCCCACCACUCCAACUGCCACCGCCAGUGAAUGCUCCACCGGACAGCUUCAUGAGAACCCCAUGGCCAAAGACCCUACCUCACCUGAUGCAACAGCCUCGACCACCCGUAACCGCCACAAACUGAGUGCCGAAAAAGUCCUAGAGUACUUCUCGCGCUUCAUCAAGGCCAACGUCGGUCCUCCCCGCAUCCCCGCUUUUAUUGCCAGAGAUCGCCGGUCCAUACGCCCCUGCAUGAGCGAGGCUCGUUUCCGAACGUCUGACGGCGCCAUCCAGCCAUUCUUUCGAGAUUUUGUGGACCAACAACAAUCGUUUGAAGACCGUCUAACUGAGGUGGACAUACGCGCCUUGGUAUUCUGGAUCUAUCUCAAGUACAACAACAUCGUUGGCAACGCACAGGUCAUAGACAGUCGGUCCUACAAGUUGGCGGUCAUGGUCAAUGUCGUUGUCACCCAGAAGAUGAGUCUUCCCGCCCGGCUCGCCACUGGUUACAUGGAGGAGUGGGUCGCAACGCUCUCAAAGACCAUGCUCGCUGUCCAGGAUCCUUGGUUCGAUGUGAACCAUGUCAGAGGGGGGGAUUGA